AUGUUAUUGACUGCAAAAAUCCUUGUUUUUGCCAUGAAUGGUUUCCUAAGAGUGGCAACAGGCUUGGACAUUGGAUUAUCCACAAAAUGCAUAGCGAUACCCAAGGAGAUGGGCAUGUGCCACAAGAUUGGAUACUCUGAAAUGAGACUUCCCAACCUGAUGGGACACACAAGCAUGGCAGAGGUUAUCCUAAAAUCCACCACCUGGCAGCACCUUGUACACACAGACUGUCACCCUCACGUGAGGACAUUCCUGUGCUCCCUGUUUGCACCCAUCUGUUUAGAUACGUUCAUCCAUCCUUGCAGGAGUAUGUGUGCUGCUGUCCGGGACAGCUGUGCCCCCGUGCUCCUCUGCCAUGGGCACCCCUGGCCUGCCAGCCUGGACUGCGACCGAUUCCCUGGAGAUGAGGACAUGUGCCUGGCACCUCUUACCAAGGACUAUAAAUACUUGCACAAAGUCCUACCAAAGCCUACCUGCCAGACGUGCCCAACAGUAGAGGAAUUCUUUACACACAAAAGAGUUCUUGAAGUUUUCUGUGACAGUAACUUUGCAGUGAAAGUAAAGCUGUCCAAGAAGAGAACAGCAUUUGAGGACCAAGAGUAUAACAUUGAAUGCCAGGUGGAAUUCAUUACCCAGGGCUCACUCUUGCCCUAUGAAACUCAGAGUAUGAUACAACAGUGGCUGCUAAUUAAUGAAAAAUGUAUAGAGAGGAUGUCUCCAACCCACCGUCCCAUGGUGUAUCUCCUUGUGGGGAAUAUUGAGGAGGGCAUCAUUUUAGUAAAACAGGUUUAUCGCUGGCAGAGGAAGGACUCCCAGCUGACUUUGGCCACUCAGAAGUGGAGAUACCAUAAAUGCUUGUAA